AUGGGAUGCUGCACCGGGCGCUGCACCCUGAUUUUCCUCUGCGCUCUGCAGCUGCUUGCUGCGUUAGAGAGGCAAGUGUUUGAUUUCCUGGGAUACCAGUGGGCCCCCAUCCUAGCCAACUUCCUCCACAUCAUCAUCGUUAUCCUUGGCCUGUUUGGCACUAUUCAAUACAGACCUCGCUACAUAGUGGUGUAUGCCAUCUGGACUGCAAUUUGGGUCACCUGGAACAUCUUCAUCAUCUGUUUUUACUUAGAAGUGGGAGGGCUCUCAAAGGACAGCGAACUCUUGACAUUUAACAUCUCCCGGCACCAGUCGUGGUGGAGUGAAAAUGGUCCCGGCUGUGUGAGGAAGGAGGCUUCAAUGUCCGGCAUCAAAGGACUGGAUAGCCAUUCGUACGUCUCGGUGAUAGGCUGUGCCCUGGAGUACCGGUACAUCGAGGUCAUGCACAGCUCCUUCCAGAUCCUGAUCGCGCUGGUGGGCUUUGUCUACGCCUGUUAUGUUGUUAGUGUUUUUACAGAAGAAGAAGACAGCUUUGAUUUCAUUGGUGGAUUUGAUCCAUUUCCUCUCUACCAUGUCAAUGAAAAACCCACCAACCUUUUGUUCAAGCAGACAUACCUGUAA